AAUAGAAAAUCAUUAGACUUGUGAUACCAUUUUGCGUUAUUCAAAUUCCCAUACCUGAGUUUAUACCAAAACUAUGAUCUAUCAUUAGGAAAAAUCUUUAAUGUUUGACAAAAGAAAUUAGGGUAAAAUUUUACAAUUACAAAAGAAAAACAAAUGAAUUAAAACUAUUUGACAAUUACAAAACAGUACAUGCACAACCAAACACGGCAUAACACAAAGGACUGCCUCCUUUUAUUCUCUCCUAACUAACUUAACUACCUCUUACCUUGUCCCACAUGAAAAAUACUCUUAAAACUCUAUUAGCUAUAAAUCCAGCAACCCAUUUCAAAACGUAUGCACAAACUUGUGUUUCUCUCUUAAAAAAUCUCACUAACCAAGGUUUAAUCAGAGAUGGGAGUGCCCUUCAUGCCCAUUUAUUCAAAACGGGUAUUUCCUCGGAGCAAUAUAUAUCGAUUAAGCUCUUGAUUAUGUACUUAAAUUAUCGGAAAUCAGCUGAGGCUGAUCAGAUCUCGAAAGAUUUUGAUGGGUUUGAUCUUGUUGUACAUAACUGUAUGAUUUCUGCUAACGUACAACGGGGGAAUCUUGAUGAAGCUCGUAAGUUGUUCGAUGAAAUGCCGCAAACAAAUGAGAUUUCUUGGACGGCUUUAAUUUCGGGGUUUAUGAAAUAUGGAAGAGUGAGAGAAUCAAUGUGGUAUUUUGAAAGAAACCCAUUUCAAAAUGUGGUUUCUUGGACUGCAGCGAUUAGUGGGUAUGUGCAAAAUGGUUUUAGUGUUGAAGCUAUGAAACUAUUUAUCAAACUUCUUGAAUCUGAGGUCAAACCAAAUAAAGUCACAUUUACCUCUGUGGUUAGAGCUUGUGCAAAUUUAGGUGAUUUUGGAUUGGGAAUGAGCGUUUUGGGCUUGAUAGUUAAAACCGGAUAUGAACAUGAUUUAGCAGUUUCUAAUUCUCUGAUUACGUUAUGCUUGAGAAUGGGUGAAAUACACUUGGCUAGGGAAGUGUUUGAUAGGAUGGAGGAGAAAGAUGUUGUUUCUUGGACAGCAAUACUAGACUUGUAUGUGGAAAUGGAUGAACUGGGAGAAGCUAGAAGAAUUUUUGACGAGAUGCCACAAAGAAACGAGGUUUCUUGGAGUGCAAUGAUAGCAAGAUACUGUCAGAGUGGUUACCCUGAAGAGUCGUUGAGACUCUUCUGCCGUAUGAUUCAAGAAGGGUUCAAGCCAAAUAUAUCUUGUUUCUCUAGUAUUCUAAGUGCAUUGGCUAGUGUUGAAGCCUUACAAGCAGGAAUGAACAUCCAUGGACAUGUUACAAAAAUUGGGUUCGAAAAAGACGUUUUUGUCAGUAGCUCUCUCAUUGAUAUGUACUGUAAAUGUGGAGAAACUAAGGAUGGGCGCUUCCUAUUCGAUACGAUUUUAGAGAAAAAUAUGGUUUCAUGGAAUGCUAUGGUUGGAGGGUAUAGUUUGAAUGGCCAUAUGGAAGAAGCAAAGUAUUUGUUCAAUAUCAUGCCGGUGCGCAACAAUGUUUCCUGGAGUGCUAUAAUUGCUGGUCAUUUAGAUUGUGAACAAUUUGAUGAAAUGUUUGAGGUCUUCAACGAAAUGAUUUUGUUAGGAGAAAUUCCAAACAAAUCCACAUUCUCUAGCUUGCUUUGUGCUUGCGCAAGCACAGCAUCUUUGGACAAGGGUAAGAACCUACAUGGAAAGAUAGUUAAACUUGGGAUUCAAUGUGAUACUUAUGUGGGGACUGCUCUUACUGACAUGUAUGCAAAAUCUGGGGAUAUUGAGAGCUCUAAGAAGGUUUUCAAUAGAAUGCCCAAGAAGAAUGAAGUUUCUUGGACUGCGAUGAUUCAAGGGCUUGCAGAAAGUGGUCUUGCAGAGGAAUCUCUUACUUUGUUUGAGGAAAUGGAGAAGACCUCAUCUAUUGCUCCGAAUGAGGUCAUGUUCUUGGCAGUUCUGUUUGCUUGUUCUCACUCCGGAUUAGUUGAUAAAGGACUCUGGUAUUUUAAUUCGAUGGAGGCCGUUUAUGGACUGAAGCCUAAAGGAAGACACUUUACUUGCGUUGUAGAUAUGCUAUCUCGAGCAGGGCGUCUCUUUGAAGCGGAGGAGUUUAUAUAUUCCAUGCCAUUUCAACCGGAAACUAAUGCAUGGGCAGCUUUAUUAAGCGGCUGUAAGACUUAUAAAAAUGAGGAGUUAGCUGAGAGAGUGGCCGGGAAACUUUGGGAAAUGGCAGAGAAAAACUGUGCAGGAUAUGUACUGCUGUCAAAUAUAUAUGCCUCAGCUGGAAGAUGGAGGGAUGUUUUAAAAGUUAGGAAACUAAUGAAGGCAAAGGGAUUGAAAAAGAGCGGUGGUUGUAGUUGGGUUGAGAUUAGAGAUCGAGUCCAUUCUUUUUAUUCAGAAGAUGGAGCUCACUCCCAGUCAGCUGAGAUUUAUGAGAUCUUAGAGCUCCUAGGAUAUGAAAUGAAAUGCUUGUUAUUUAGAAAAUAGUCAUACCUCCAGAGUUGCUUACUUCUUAAUUUUUUUUUUUCUGUAAAUUAUUUUUUAAUGUAUGAGCGAGGCUACUUACAAGGGCCAAAGAUAAACCAAAACAGCACAGUUCCGGUCGAUUUCACAACAGAGAAUAGAAACCAAGGUAAAGGGAGAGGGGAAUUAAAAUUCUUUAGCAGAUAGCAACAAUUCUACUGGCACCAAAGAUCAAAUGUAGCCAGCAGGUCUUUCAUUUUAAUAUGACAGGAUUUUUAUUUU